AGCUGACUGCUUUUGCUUACACCAGGUGCACGCCGGCUGCGGGGAGCACAAAGCGGGGCGCACCGAGGGCGCUGGCAGCAAGCGGUGGAGCGAGGCGAGGCCCGUGCGCCCGGGGCUGCAGCGCCUGCCGGGUGGGGACAGGGGCCCGCAGCGUCAGCUGGGGCGGCGGCAUCCUCGCGAGGGCAUCCCUAGGCUCCUCAGGCGCCUUCCGUGGGACUCGAUCGUUCACUGCCCCGCCCUCUGCACCCCAGUUCUCCUACCCUCCUUCCCAAUCCUGCCUGUCUCUACCCCGGCUCUCAAGAGCUGGAUUUAGCCCAGCACAGCCCCGCUCAGCAGCUGUUGCUCGGGUCCCUGCCUCGCCUUGCAUCUUGGUGCUCUGCCGGGGGUCCCUCAAGGAGUCUGUGCGCGCUGCGGACUGGGAGGAGGCGCCGCUCCAACCGCUGCUGCUCCUCAGCCUCUAGCUGCUACUGCUGCUGCCGCGGGCGCCCGGUCGGUGCGCACCCCAACAUCCUCGCCCGCCAGCCUGGCCUUAGGAUACAUCUCCAGACUUUGAUUUGGCCGAAGUAACUCACUAGAAGACCUGUGCACAUGCUUGGAAUUGAGUGACACAGUUUUCAGAUUUCAGAUGCUUCCUACCUUUUAAUAAGUGCAAAAAAAACAUCCAUUCAGACUCUGGAAUUCUGUACAUUUCAACACAGACUUGUUGAAUGUUUACAUUUUCUGCUUGCUGUUCUACUUAACACUCAAUAGUGUUCACACCUUGUUCAAACUCACGACCAUCAAGAACUGAGUGUGUUCUGCAAGCCACCAUGGCCAGAUUGAGCAUUGGGAUAGCAGCUUGCCGAAUGGUGCUGGGCUUGAUGAUGACCUCAUUAACUGAGUCUUCCAUACUGAAUAGCGAGUGUCCCCAACUUUGUGUGUGUGAAAUCCGUCCUUGGUUUACCCCACAGUCCACAUAUAGAGAAGCCACCACUGUUGAUUGUAAUGACCUCCGCCUAACAAGGAUCCCCAGCAACCUCUCCAGUGACACACAAGUGCUUCUCUUACAAAGCAAUAACAUUGCCAAGACCGUGGAUGAACUUCAGCAGCUUUUCAACUUGACUGAGCUAGAUUUCUCCCAGAACAACUUUACGAGUAUCAAGGAGGUAGGGCUGGCAAACUUGACCCAGCUCACAACUCUGCAUCUAGAAGAAAAUCAGAUUUCAGAGAUGAGUGAUUACUGUCUGCAAGACCUCUACAACCUUCAAGAACUCUAUAUCAACCACAACCAGAUUAGCAUGAUUUCUGCUAAUGCCUUUUCUGGCUUGAAAAAUCUUUUAAGGCUCCACCUGAAUUCCAACAAAUUGAAAGUGAUUGAUAGUCGUUGGUUUGAUUCUACCCCCAACCUGGAAAUUCUCAUGAUUGGGGAAAACCCUGUGAUUGGAAUUCUGGAUAUGAACUUCAGACCUCUCUCCAACUUAAGAAGCUUAGUUUUGGCAGGGAUGUACCUCACGGAUGUUCCUGGAAAUGCCUUGGUAGGCUUGGAUAGCCUGGAGAGCCUAUCUUUUUAUGAUAACAAACUGAUCAAAGUCCCUCAACUUGCCCUGCAAAAAGUUCCAAAUUUGAAAUUCUUAGACCUCAACAAAAAUCCCAUUCACAAAAUCCAAGAAGGAGACUUUAAAAAUAUGCUUCGAUUAAAAGAACUUGGAAUCAACAAUAUGGGGGAGCUGGUUUCGGUGGAUCGCUAUGCCCUGGAUAACUUGCCUGAACUGACAAAGCUAGAAGCGACCAAUAACCCCAAACUGUCAUACAUCCACCGGUUGGCUUUCCGAAGUGUCCCAGCCCUAGAAAGCUUGAUGCUGAACAACAAUGCCUUGAACGCCGUUUACCAAAAGACAGUAGAAUGCCUUCCCAAUCUGCGUGAGAUAAGCAUCCACAGCAAUCCACUGCGGUGUGACUGUGUCAUCCACUGGAUUAACUCCAACAAAACCAACAUCCGCUUCAUGGAGCCCCUCUCCAUGUUCUGUGCCAUGCCUCCUGAAUACAGAGGACAGCAGGUGAAGGAAGUGUUGAUCCAGGACUCAAGCGAACAGUGCCUGCCAAUGAUAUCUCAUGACACAUUCCCAAAUCAUUUAAACAUGGAGAUUGGCACAACAGUUUUCCUAGACUGUCGGGCCAUGGCUGAGCCAGAACCAGAAAUCUAUUGGGUCACUCCCAUUGGAAAUAAAAUAACCAUAGAAACCCUUUCAGAUAAAUACAAGCUAAGCAGUGAGGGUACCUUGGAGAUAUCAGAUAUACAGAUUGAAGAAUCAGGAAGGUAUACGUGUGUGGCCCAGAAUGUCCAAGGAGUAGACACUCGAGUGGCAACAAUUAAGGUGAAUGGAACCCUUCUAGAUGGUGCCCAGGUGCUGAAAAUAUACGUCAAGCAGACAGAAUCUCAUUCUAUUUUAGUGUCUUGGAAAGUUAACUCCAAUGUCAUGACAUCAAACUUAAAGUGGUCAUCUGCUACCAUGAAGAUUGACAACCCCCACAUAACGUACACAGCCAGGGUUCCGGUAGAUGUUCACGAAUACAACUUAACACACCUUCAGCCUUCUACAGAUUAUGAAGUGUGUCUCACGGUGUCCAACCUCCACCAGCAGACUCAAAAGUCCUGCGUCAAUGUCACAACCAAAAAUGCUGCUUUCACCUUGGACAUCUCAGACCAAGAAACCAGCACAGCCCUUGCUGCAGUUAUGGGGUCCAUGUUUGCUGUCAUCAGCCUUGCAUCCAUCGCUAUAUACAUUGCCAAAAGGUUUAAGAGAAAAAACUACCACCAUUCACUGAAAAAGUAUAUGCAGAAAACAUCUUCCAUCCCUUUGAAUGAGCUGUACCCGCCGCUCAUUAACCUCUGGGAAGGUGACAGCGAAAAGGACAAAGAAGGCGCUGCAGACACCAAGCCAACCCAGGUUGACACAUCCAGAAGCUAUUACAUGUGGUGACUCAGUGGCUAUUUUGCUUCUGGUAGUAAGGAGCACAAAGACGUUUUUGCUUUAUUCUGCAAAAGUAACAAGUUGAAGACUUUUGUAUUUUUUGACUUUGCUAGUUUGUGGCAGAGUGGAGAGGACUGGGUGGAUAUUUCCAAAUUUUUUAGUAUAGCGUAUCGCAAGGGUUUGACACGGCUGGCAGUGACUCUGAGCUUCCAGUUUGUGUUUGGUUUUUAUUCUUAUCAUUAUUAUGAUUAUUAUAUUAUAAUUAUUAUUAUUAUUUUGUUUUAGUUGAUGUGCUAAACUCAAUAAUGCUGUCCUAACUACAGUGCUCAAUAAAAUGAUUCAUGACAGGUGGGGGUUCCCUGUACUUGACCCCUUCUGAAGCCAUCAGUACAAAGAACCGUGUCCUCCCAAAAGCUAACAUACAGUUCUGAAGCAGCAUUAAACCUUUCGUAGCAAUCUGGUCUACAGACUUUUCACUCGAGCUAAGACUAGACUUGUUACCUUAUUGAAUGUUAGUUGACUGUACUGUAAUGUUGUAUCAACUGAAUUGAAUGUUUGCCUUUUAGCAACUACUUUUCUUUCCUUCUUCCUCUUUCUUUUGUAAUAGUUAAAGAGGCUUAGAACCAGCUAACAGGCAAUAGAAAUAUGUAUAUCAGAUUUUUUAAUGUAACAAACUACAUGUUAAUUGUUACUGUAUUCUUUUUAUCUUUAGUAGACACUUUUAAAAAGCAAAGAUGAUUUUGUUGUGUUUAACUCACCAACACGUGGUGUGUAAUGAAGACAGAACUAUAAUAAACUAGUUUUGUUCUGAUUUUUU